CAGUGUCCGAAACUUGGAGUGACGAAACAUGUCUCAGUCAGGUGAAAAAGUAAAGUUCUCCGACUCGGCAGGCUAUGUGGGGUUUGCUAACCUGCCCAACCAGGUUCACAGGAAAUCUGUGAAGAAGGGCUUUGAAUUCACACUGAUGGUGGUCGGUGAGUCUGGCUUGGGAAAAUCCACUUUAAUUAACAGUCUGUUCCUGACUGAUCUCUAUCCAGAACGUUAUAUUCCUGGAGCUGCAGAGAAAAUAGAGAGAACUGUUCAAAUUGAAGCUUCCACGGUGGAGAUAGAGGAGCGAGGGGUGAAGCUGCGUUUAACGGUGGUUGACACACCGGGGUACGGAGAUGCCAUCAACAGCCAGGACUGUUUCAAAACAAUAAUCCAGUACAUUGACAACCAGUUUGAGAGGUACCUCCAUGAUGAGAGCGGUCUGAACAGGCGCCACAUCAUAGACAACAGGGUCCAUUGCUGUUUUUACUUCAUCUCGCCCUUUGGCCAUGGGCUGAAACCUUUAGAUGUAGAAUUCAUGAAGGCUCUUCAUGGCAAAGUGAACAUUGUCCCUGUGAUUGCCAAGGCCGACACGCUGACGCUGAAGGAGAGAGAGCGGCUGAAGAGAAGGGUUCUAGAUGAGAUUUCUGAACAUGGCAUUAGGAUCUAUCAGCUCCCUGAUGCAGAUUCUGAUGAAGAUGAGGAGUUUAAAGAACAAACCAGAGUUUUAAAGGCUAGCAUUCCCUUCGCCGUCAUUGGAUCCAACCAACUUAUUGAGGUGAAAGGGAAAAAAAUCAGAGGCCGUCUGUAUCCCUGGGGAGUUGUUGAAGUUGAAAAUCCAGAGCACAACGAUUUCCUGAAGUUACGCACAAUGCUGGUGACGCACAUGCAGGACCUGCAGGAGGUGACCCAGGAUCUGCACUACGAGAACUUCCGCUCGGAGAGGCUCAAACGCACUGGCAAGCCUGUUGAAGAGGACGUGGUAGACAAGGAUAGAAUCCUCCAGCAGAAAGAGGCUGAGUUGCGCCGCAUGCAGGAGAUGAUUGCACAGAUGCAAGCCCAAAUGAGGAUGAAGCCUGGUGAUGAUUAAGAUGCUUAACAUCUGGAUGCAUCAGCAGCACAUGGCUCUGUCGUGGAUGGGGCUCUUUUUCUCUGGCCGAACGGUAACGUCCCAAGGCAAACGCUGGAUGCCGCAGAUCAAGACCUGCGUUAAAACAAACACAAAGUCUGAAGAUCGUGUUGUAAAACGGCUCGUUUUAUAUAUUCAAUGUUAAUCAAGUUAUAUUGUAUCUUUUUUGAUUCUUUUGGUAACACUGUCUUCACACUUAUAAAUGUGCUUUUAUUAUCCUUCCUAUACCUUUUUAUACCGGAACUGACAGAGUGUGCUCUGUGGAGCAUCAUUGUGGUGGGUUAAGGAGUCAAUCAUGUAUCUGCUGGGUUAUUCUGAACUGUUUCGUGAUUCAUACUAAAUGACGUGGUGGCCUGUUUACAGUAACCGUAUGUGUGUGUGCACAGUAUCACAGCUUUCAUUGCCUUUCUCAGUCAUUGUGUAUCGUAUCAGUUUCUCAUAACUCUUUCUGCACUUCCGUUACUUCUGAGGCUUCAUCUCUGGUGAUUUCUGUUUGUGAUGUACGAGGGAAGGUACAACCCGCUGAGGACUCACCGGUGGUGCCGAGGAGCUGCCUUGUCAUCGUGCCUUACCACACACAGACACUGCCGGUGCCGGCGGCUCCGGGGCUGCCCCCGGGGACUGCUCCUUGGGUCCCGGGUGCCGAUGGCAAGGAUUUCUGUCACAGGUGUUUCUGUCAGCUGCACGAUGGCAUGUACUGACCUUUUUAUAUACCAUGACACUAAUUUUCAUUCAAGUUUUGUAAUAAAUUGUACCAGUUGGAAAGUCUUGAA